CAGGAGAAAUGAAUUUUUCUCAUUUCCGAAGUAAAUAUGUUUGCUCCUGCUAUCGCCAUACACUGCGGGGUGGGAUUUUACGAUUCAGAAUUUCGAAAUCAAACUCAAAUUCUUCUGGACUCAACUCUUUCCGAGGCUCAAAGGCAGCUGAAUUCUGGUGGGCAAACAGCAUUGGAUGUUUGCUGUGACGUAUGUAAGCUUCUAGAAGAUUCUCCUUUGACGAAUGCUGGGAUUGGUGCAAAUCUGACCAAUCAGGGCACAGUUGAAUUAGACGCAACUGUUAUGAUGAGUGAGCCACUUUUAUUUGGAAGUGUCGGUGCACUGCCGGGAUUCAAGAACCCAAUUUUAGUUGCCAGAAAGCUUCUGGACCUUCAAAGAAAAGCCAGAAUUUUUUCAGACCUAUUACCGGCUUGCUUUUUAGCAGGAGAGAGCGCAUCGGAUUGGUGUUUAAAAGUGGGUUUCUCAACCUGUAAUCAACUGAUAACUGACGAUGCUCUGAACUUUUAUCAGAAAGCACUUAAAUUACAGGUCAAAAGAAAAACAGAUGUUUCAUUUGACGCUGAGCCGUUAUGCAAACGAAUGCUUGGAGUCGGAACGGUCGGUGCUGUAGUUGUAGAUAAGUCUGGUCUUGUUUGUGCUGGAACUUCGAGUGGCGGGAUUAUUCUGAAGGAGCCAGGUAGAGUCGGUAGUUCUGCAAUGUAUGGUGCUGGAUGCUGGGCUGAAACAAAAGGAAAUUGCAGAAUCGCAGUCUCUUGUUCUGGCGAAGGAGAGUUUUUGAUCUGGAAGCAAUUCAGUUCUAGACUCUGUGAAGCGAUUUUAAGCAAUUCAGUUGACUCAGAGGAACUUCUGGCACCUGUGUUUGAAAGGUGUUUUGAAAAGAUUAGUGGACUUGAUGCGAAAUGUGCAGCAGCUAUUUGUGUUCGAGCUUUUGAAGACGAAGAAACGGAAGUUUGCUGGGGAACUAACUCCUAUUCGUUUCCAGUCGGGUUCGUGGGUGCUAAUAAUGAAAAACAAUCUGAAUUCAAUGAAGCUAUUUUAAAUAACUCGAAUGAACGGAAGCUUACAGUUACUAGCCACUUGGCAAGAAAUGUUUCAGAAAGUUGAUCUUAAUCAGCUGCUAUCUUAGUUUUCUCGGUCAACUGCCAAAAUGAUUGUUUAAAUGCAGAAAUAGUUUUCAAUUUGUAUUUAUUUUUCAGUUGUUCUUUUUCAGCUUCUAGUUCAUAAGAUCGGCAAACUUACCAUUUUA